CCUGCGAGAGGGCGGGUCGGGUCAGCUGCUGCAGGCGGGGCCGCGCGCCGUGCUGUGGGCGGCUGCUGAGUGUCCUGCCGCCGCCCAGCCUUCGCCACGAUGCCGGGGAUCGACAAGCUGCCCAUUGAAGAGACCCUGGAGGACAGUCCGCAGACAAGAUCUUUACUGGGUGUGUUUGAGGAAGAUGCUACUGCUAUUUCUAAUUACAUGAACCAGUUAUAUCAAGCUAUGCAUCGGAUUUAUGAUGCACAGAAUGAAUUAAGUGCAGCAACACACCUGACUUCGAAACUUUUAAAGGAAUAUGAAAAACAGCGUUUUCCUUUGGGGGGUGAUGAUGAAGUUAUGAGCUCCACUUUACAGCAGUUUUCAAAGGUUAUAGAUGAGCUUAGUUCUUGUCAUGCAGUACUUUCAACUCAGCUUGCUGAUGCCAUGAUGUUCCCCAUUUCCCAGUUUAAAGAAAGAGAUCUGAAAGAAAUACUGACACUAAAAGAGGUAUUUCAGAUUGCUAGUAAUGAUCACGAUGCAGCAAUUAACAGAUACAGCCGAUUGUCAAAAAAGAGAGAAAACGACAAGGUAAAGUACGAAGUAACAGAGGAUGUAUAUACUUCCAGGAAGAAACAACACCAGACCAUGAUGCAUUAUUUUUGUGCACUAAAUACUCUUCAGUACAAGAAGAAAAUAGCUUUGCUAGAACCUCUGCUUGGAUACAUGCAGGCUCAGAUAAGUUUCUUUAAGAUGGGUUCUGAAAAUCUCAAUGGACAACUGGAAGAAUUUUUAGCUAAUAUUGGAACAAGUGUACAGAAUGUUCGACGGGAAAUGGAUGGUGAUGUAGAGACCAUGCAACAGACAAUAGAAGACUUGGAGGUAGCCAGUGACCCUUUAUAUGUGCCUGACCCAGAUCCAACCAAGUUCCCUGUCAAUAGAAAUUUAACCCGGAAGGCUGGAUACCUAAAUGCUAGGAAUAAAACAGGCUUGGUGUCAUCUACCUGGGAUAGACAGUUUUACUUCACGCAGGGUGGAAACUUAAUGAGUCAAGCCCGUGGAGAUGUGGCAGGAGGCCUCGCCAUGGACAUAGACAACUGUUCAGUGAUGGCUGUGGACUGUGAAGACAGGCGAUACUGUUUUCAAAUCACUUCUUUUGAUGGAAAAAAAUCUUCAAUUUUGCAAGCAGAGAGUAAAAAAGACCAUGAAGAGUGGAUUUGUACAAUAAACAACAUAUCUAAACAAAUAUACUUGAGUGAAAAUCCAGAGGAAACUGCUGCACGAGUAAAUCAGUCUGCUCUGGAAGCUGUCACUCCUUCCCCAUCCUUCCAGCAGAGACAUGAGAGCCUGCGUCCAGGAGGACAAUCUCGACCACCAACAGCUCGAACCAGCAGUUCAGGAUCCUUGGGAUCAGAGUCUACAAAUCUAGCUGCCCUCUCUCUAGAUUCUCUUGUUGCUCCAGAUACUCCAAUACAGUUUGAUAUAAUUUCUCCUGUGUGUGAAGAUCAGCCUGGCCAGGCAAAAGCCUUUGGCCAAGGAGGCAGGCGUACAAAUCCAUUUGGAGAAUCUGGAGGAAGCACAAAAUCAGAAACGGAAGACUCUAUUCUUCAUCAGUUAUUUAUUGUCCGAUUCCUUGGUUCUAUGGAGGUAAAGUCAGAUGACCACCCAGAUGUUGUCUAUGAAACAAUGCGCCAGAUCUUAGCUGCUCGGGCCAUCCAUAACAUCUUUCGUAUGACAGAAUCACAUUUAUUAGUCACUUGUGACUGUUUGAAGUUAAUUGAUCCGCAGACCCAAGUUACAAGGCUCACAUUCCCAUUACCAUAUGUAGUUUUGUAUGCUACACACCAGGAAAAUAAACGGCUCUUUGGAUUUGUUCUCCGGACAUCAGGCGGAAGGAGUGAAAGUGGCUUGUCAUCAGUCUGCUAUAUAUUUGAAUCAAACAACGAGGGGGAAAAGAUUUGUGAUUCUGUCGGAUUGGCAAAACAGAUAGCUUUGCAUGCUGAACUGGAUCGUAGGGCAUCAGAAAAACAAAAAGAAAUAGAGAGAGUAAAAGAAAAACAACAGAAGGAACUCAGCAAACAAAAACAGAUUGAGAAGGACUUGGAAGAACAGAGUCGGUUGAUAGCUGCUUCCAGUAGACCAAACCAAGCUGGUAGUGAGGGCCAGCUUAUUCUUAGCAGUAGCCAAUCAGAAGAGAGUGAUUUGGGAGAAGAAGGGAAAAAAAGAGAAUCAGAAGCAUAAGUUUGUUGCUUUUUGAUUGAUUUCCCCCUUGCCCUGGAAUGUGGCACAAGGUAACCAUGCUAAAAGAUCAAGGAGACUAAGCUUUCUAUUUGCUUGUUUCAGUUUCUUUUAAAAAGACUGAACUUGGUAACAGGUUAUAUCAAGCAUUCCCCUUAAAAGUGAAAUACUGUGCAUUAUUAUCAAACUCUGCAUACCUAAAAAGACCUGCUUACUUUUCUGUAGUGGAUUGCUGAUGGAUCACACUUGCUCAAGAUAUUUUUCUUUCAAAUUGUUAACUUUUUAUCUUGCAUUGUAAUUGGCUGUCUCCAUAAGAAAUCAUUUAUUCUUCAGAUUCUGACAUUCGUGUCUGUGCUUUCUCCCUUUCACUGGAAUGUCUUGUUGGUAGUGAGGGAGUGUUCAACCAAAUGAGCUUAGAAUC